CAACACGGCCGUAUUGGAUUUUCAUCUGGAUUUCCCCAAACAAAACAUGCAGCGUCAAGCGUCCUUCGAGCCUGAAGGUACCCAGAUCGUUACUCCAGAACUGAAUAUGGACCAGAUUUCGGGUCUCGAUGAGAUCCAGCUAUUAGAGCUUCGCUGGAAACUUCAGGAUGGCAUCAGCGAGAAUCUAAAAGAUGAUACAAGGACUGAUUCGCUUCAAAAAUCGGUAUCAUUAUAUAAUAAAGUUCUUGACACCCUGCACGGACUGGAAAUCAAUCGACGAAUGGAUCCAAUGGAACGACUUCCUGAUGAGAUAAUCACCAAGAUCCUCUUCGAAGUCUCCAAAUACCAUUAUUCUUGGUAUUCCUGCACAGAUAUCAAACGUCUAUUAACACUCACAAUG